AUGUCAAACAUCAAAUACUCAGUCAAGAGGCUACUGAGCAUUGCGCCAAUGUCACGACGUUCGCGUGUUUCGGACGAAAUCGACGUCAUAUCCACUAGCGACGAUGAGAUACCGUUACCACCGACAAAACCUCCUAUCACUAUACGUGGUGUCGGUCAUAUCACUAUGUUUGGUCUCAACUCGCGAUUCGACACAGAUUUUCCCAGUGAAUUGAUUGGACGGGUAGCGCCCGAAGAGCUAUCGGAUACUCUUGGACGAAUAAAUAAUGUGCUCAAACGUCAUGUACAAAUGUCAAGUCGGUGGCUGCUAUGCGGUUUGCUGUUUUGUUGCUGUUCAUUUGGAUGCUCACUGUUUCCGGUUGUUUGCCUGAAUAGGAGGGCAAUGACAGCCGUUGAAAAGACGUUGGAUCAUGAAAACAUAUGUCUCUAUCAUAAACUGGGCCUUCACUGGCGCCUGGUGAAGCGUCCAGUUGAUGGUUCGCGGCUGACGGAAUAUGUGUUGGAAUUGCAAACGCUUCCCAAGAUGUCCAAAAACAUCAAAACCCCGACGAAUCAGAAACUCUUGACAAAUGUUGCUGUUGUACGCAUGAAGAAGAUGGGAAAGCGAUUCGAAAUUGCGUGUUAUAAAAAUAAAGUGGUCAACUGGAGGAACAAAACCGAAAAAGACAUCGAUGAAGUGCUACAAACUCAUACAGUUUUCAACAAUGUAUCGAAAGGGCAGGUAGCCAAGAAGGAUGAAUUGACGGCUGCAUUCGGAACAGAAGAUCAGCUGGAAAUUUGCAAAAUUAUUCUUGAAAAGGGUGAUUUGCAAGUGUCUGACAAAGAAAGACAAGCAGCUUCGGAUCAAUCGUUCAAAGAGGUUUCGCAACUAAUUGCAUCGAUGGUGGUAAAUCCAGAGACAAAACGUCCCAUUCCACCUUCAGUAAUUGACAAAGCUCUUCACGAAAUGCACUUCUCGCUCAAGCCGAAUAGAAAUGCCAAGCAGCAGGCAUUAGAAGUGAUACCCAAGCUUCGCGAAAACAUUCCUAUCGAACGUGCAAAGAUGCGCAUUCGUAUUUCCAUGCCUUCACAUGAGGCAAAAAUCACACACAAUCGCUUAAAGGCAUUAUUCAGUGAAGUGGAAAUGGAAGAUUGGGCCGAAGGAGGUUUGGAAAUGGUUGGUCUGAUCGAACCUGGACAAUUUCGCGCCACUGACGAACUUGUCCGAAAUGAAAGCCGCGGCCAUGGAAGGCUUGAAAUUCUCAGUCUGAAGGACGUACGCGACGGAGAGUUGGAAAUUUCAUGAAUGUUUCACCUUUCACUUGCCUUGUUCUGCCAUUUUAAACUUUUCCUCCUUUUUUGUAAUGCUUGAUAAUCCAAAAUUCUUGUAUCAAGAUGCGCGGAUUUGUAACGUAGGGACUUUGAGGUGAUAGGAUACUUAUUCUUCUUAGCAAUAAGGCCUUGCUCCAAGAUAUAGCAAGGUGCAAUUUGUCGUAAAAAAAAAACUUCAGCACUUCAAACUAGCACUACGUUAUAAACUCCCGCAUCUAUACAACUUGACCUGGUGUUGGGUUACCGGUUAGACAGAAGUUGUCCUCAGUUUGAUCUGCUCUAAAAUAGACAUUUUCGUAAUCCUUAUCCCAUCUUACACUAUGACUUGGUAUAUGCCUCACAUCCUAAAAAUUUUUCACGGGACUUCGAACUGUCUAUAUCCGUUUUUUCUCCAGUCCUUUGUUUCAAUUUGUUGAAGUUUUAUGUUUAUAAAGAUCGCGAACACAU